AAGAAGCAAGGUUCGACUGCUUCAUAAGGGAUGUACUCAUAGAUUUUGUAGCUAACUUCAGAUACAGAAUACCGAGAGUUUUAGACCGUGAAAUAUCUGAAAAAACAUAUAUUGUGGAAUCUCUUUCACCUUUCUUCCGUGCAUUCCGAAAUGCAUUCCCGGAUAUUAAAUAUCAUUGGAUCGAAAAAAAUGUUGCUUCAAUAAAAGAAGCAAACAAUAUGUUUGCAGAAAAUAUCAAUUCACGAAAGACGGAUCUACUUGUUAUACGUUUAUCAGACGGAUUGGAAAUAAUGAACACUGAAGUCUCAGGACCUCCCUUUAAAGUUACACGAGAACACAAUUGCAGUAUCGAAAUUGCUAAAGAAAUAAAGACCUAUAGUAUUCAAAUUAUUGGUGAUCGUCUUACGUUGUUUUCAGUCUCUCUCAUAGGCAAAGAGAAAUUCUUGGCUGUCGAACUGGUUUCUUGCUUAAUUCCGUUUUCAUUUGACGCAAUUCAUUACUAUACAAAAAUAUUUAAUUUCUUUAUGACAAUUCGAACUGAGUUUGUGAAUCAGGAGAAGUUACGGAGAAAAAUGUACGCUUCCGCUCCAGUUGACAAUUCUGAGAAGGUACGAGAUUGGUUACUCUUACCUAAUGAUUACUUUUUCUAUGAUCUAAAACCUCUACCAGAGGACAUAGACGAACAUAUUACCAUUGCCCAUACUAGAAUAUUGUCCCGUGCAGAAGAUAUUGGAGAAAUUCUUGCCGAAGCAUAG